AUGGUCAUUGAUUUUUGUAAGGGGGGAUUCUCUCACUCUCUCUACCUCACCAUCCUUCUAACACAUUUCCUCCUCCUUCUGAAUUCCUUCUUUCUUAACGUCUCUAUCUUUCCCCAACUUGUAUUGAUUUCAUUUAUCUCCCUUUUUUUGUCUUACUCAUUCCACAUUUUAUACUGUCUUAUCUCUCUUUUUCCUUUCUCACCCUCUUUAUCUUAUUCAACUUCUUUAUCUUUUCUCUCUCUCUUAUUUUUGAAAGCCACUUUUUCCUUUUUCUCCUACUCUUUUUUGACAAUCUUUUUUCUUACUCUCUCUCUCUCUCUCUUGACUCACUCUUUUUUCCCCUCUUUCUCUUUUGACUCAACCUCUUUUUUCCCCUCUUUCUCUUUUGAAUCAACCUCUUUUCUUCUGUCUCUCUUCUAUCUUUUUUUUGUCUCUUAUCUUUUUCCCUUUCUUCCUCUCUCUUUUUCUGAAUUGGUCUUUUUUUCUUUCUCUCUCUCUCUUUUGACUCAAUCUCCUUUUUCUUUCUUUCUCUCUUUUCACUCAACCUCUUUUCUUCCCCUGUCUUUUGACAUUUUCUUUUCUCUCUUGCUUUUCACUCAUUCUCCUUUUUCUUUCCUUUCCUCCCUCUUUCCCCACAUUUGA